GGGACCAGCUUGCAUUAAUGUUUCAUCUUUUCCACAAACUGUUGGAGAUUGAGUGAGACUCUGCGCCUGAGAGCUUUACCAGGCAUUUGGCAGCGUGAAAGGUGGUGGUGAUGAACCGCAUGCGUGGCAUGAAGAGGCUGGAGGCCCCAUUCAGUGUCCUGUCUCUGCGAUGUAUUGAGUCCUAGGAUGCCUCUUGUCACCGGUGCAUUUGCACACAGUCUGCCGCGGGUCCCAUGCGAUGGGAGCACCACGAUCCACCAUGAGUGAGAGCACGGAUGAGCAGAGCUUGUACAGCAAUGCUGUGGCGUGGCUCAUCUGCUCGGGGGUCUCGCUUCUCGCCAACACCUGGGGCAUCCUGAGUGUCAGCGCCAAGCAGAAGAAAUGGAAGCCGCUGGAGUUCCUCAUCUGCACGCUAGCUGGGACACACAUCCUCAACGUUGCCAUCCCCAUUACCAUGUACUCCGUCAUCCAACUCCGGAGACAGCACUCUGACUAUGAAUGGAACGAGGGCUUGUGCAAAGUGUUUGUCUCCACUUUCUACACACUCACCCUGGUGACUUGUUUCUCCGUGACCUCUCUGUCCUAUCACCGCAUGUGGAUGGUACGCUGGCCCGUCAACUACAGGUUGAGUAACACCAAGAAGCAAGCGGUGCACACAGUGAUGGGGAUCUGGAUGGUGUCGUUCAUCCUCUCCACCCUGCCUGCAGUGGGCUGGCACGACACCACUGAACGCUUCUACGCCAAGGACUGCCGCUUCAUCGUCACAGAGAUCGGCCUGGGCUUUGGGGUUUGCUUCCUGCUCUUGAUCAGCGGGAGUGUGGUGAUGGGGGUGGUAUGCAUCGUCAUUACCCUCUUUCAGACGUUCACCGUCCACGCUAGGGACAACCUCAAUAAGAACAAAUUCAACGUGCCCACAAUUGUGGUGGAGGAUGCACAAGGUAACCGGAGAUCGUCCAUAGAUGGCUCUGAACCAUUAAAAACCUCUCUCCAGAUCACCUAUUUGAUCAGUGGAAUGGUCUUCAUCUAUGACUUUUUGACUGGAUUCCCCAUUUUGGUGGUGAGCUUUGCCAGUCUCAAGUACGACACCUCGUACUCCUGGAUGGUGCUGUGCUUCCUGUGGUGUUCCAUCGUGCAGUCCAUCCUUCUCCCGUUGUUCCUUUGGGCUUGUGACCGCUACAGGGCCAACGUGAAAAGCGUCUGGGAGAAAUGUGUAGCGAUCAUGUCCAACGAUGACACAGAUGAAGAAAACAAUCAAGAUGGAGCAAUUCACCCUGAAUCUUUCUAUGAAAGACCCUACGAAUAUAACUGCACCCCUGAGAUUCUGACAGUGGACCGCAUUGCCAAAUACGACUUCUCAUUACUGGAAAGGGGAGUUCCACAAGUAUACCCAAUGAGGGAGAUGCAUGAGGAUAAGAUGCAUUAUUUACAGGUUCCUCCAACCAGGCGCUACUCCCACGAUGAGACAGAUGUGUGGGCAACAAAGCAGAUAACUUCAUACCUUCACAGAUGGGGGUCUUCAGAGAAUAUCGCCGGAGUUCUGCACUACAGCUCCCCCCGGCACGAGCGGAGGAGAAGCAGCCUGAUCUCCCAACACGGUGAAUGCGUGUCUUUCCAUAAAAGACGGAAAUCUGCGGACAGUGGCAUUUCUCCGAAGCAACUGCCCAAGGAGGAAUAUUUCUCCGAUGACCUAAAGUGUUUCAGCCGAGAUGAGAUUAUCAAUUACAUUGAUGAAACUCCAGUACCCAGUCCAAUGAAGACCCCGCUGAGAUCAUCGUCCAUAACCCUCAUCCCGGAUAAAUACGAACAGUAUGCCGUCACCUUUUCCCACUUCCCUCUCACCAAUUUCGAGAGGGAGCCUCACGUUCUCCGCCGGUUGUCAGAGAGUAAGACAUGCAGUGCACCCCGGGGAUACUUGGUGACCUCUUUCCCCCAUGACCCUAGCGUGACCCCAAAGAACACGGGGACCCAGUGUAGCUUGUCCACCCUCACCACCCCCAACAUUAAGGAGGGAUCCUCCAGACGUUUUCGGACAGACCUUUGCGUCUCCUGGGACAAUCAGGAAAGGCUCAGGAAAGUGGAAAGUAAAGGGAGCGGCAACAGUUUUCUAAGUUCACCUUCUGCCUCCUCGGGCUAUGUAACUUUCCAUUCCGACUCCAUUGGAUCCACAACCUAGGAGUGAGUGUGGACCUUCCCUAAUGUUAAUGGUGUUUCUACAUUUGUUUACUACAUUGGGAAUUUUAUACUUCACACGGGAAGAAACGAGUCACGCACCAAAGAAUCGGUCAAAUAUUUUCAUGUCUUUUACAGGGGUAAAGAGUUAUUUUAGAGAUUGAUUGAGAGUGCACUGGAAAAAUCUGACGUCAAUGCCUGAAUAUCAUUGAUACCACUGAGUGUCGUUUUCUAUUUUUAUUUUUUUAAGGUGAACAAUUUUUAAGGGGUAUCGCUGUUAAUAGGCAUUCCUGUGGGACUGAUGCUGUUUAGAUGGAUGUAUCAAAUUGGAAAAAAGGUGGAAAUUGAUUAUAUUUUUUAAAACUUCCAUAUUGUAAAAUGGCUUCUGCACUAGAAGUCCAUCCAGGUCAUGUUCGUCUGUUAAUACACUUUGGGUAUUUGGUGUAUUCUGUUUCAACGGAUGAUUUUCUUCAUGUAGAGGACAAUGAAUUUAUUCUUUGUAAUGGGGAGCGAGGCCGCUCACACCAUCGUUUCUCCUAUGUAUUUUGCAUUUGUAAAUUUGGUGACACAAAUAUCAGUAACAGUUUCCCUGCGCAAAUGGACUUUGGUCCCCGUAAAGUUGUCCUAAAAUUUAAUAGUAACAAAUCUUUUCUUACAAGUAUUUGCAAUGGUUGAUCGUCAAAUGAUCCAGGGCAUGUGUUGUUUAUAUUAAAAAAAACAAAUUUCAAUA